CAUAACUGCAUGCCACGCACACAGUCAUUGCUUAUAGCAAUUUGUUCAAAGCGGCCCGAGUACCCUAUUGGAUGCCAGUCGAUAUUUAAUUAAUGACCGUGCCAGACUAUUAUCUGUCUUUGUUUCUCACCUGCACGUCACAAAGAAGAGGCUUGUCAAUUCUUGCUGCUGUGUUUUUGUUUUUGAACGAUGUCUGCUCUCACCGAUGCGAAAUCGGAAACCGUUCAUGUCUCGUCUGUCUUAUCCAGCCAUGCCCGUAAUGAUCUCGAGAGGAGAUUGGUAAGGAAGCUCGAUCUACAUCUGUCCGUGGUCGUGCUUUUGUAUGCUCUAAACUUUAUCGACAGAGGGAAUGCUAGUAGUGCACGGUUGGGAGGUUUUGAGAAAGACCUGCACCUGCAUGGAACCCAAUACGCGACGAUCUUAUCUAUCAUGUAUGUGGGAUUCAGUGCCAUGCAAGUGCCAGCGAAUAUGUUUCUGCACUGGCUAGAGAGGCCUGCUAUCCUUAUUCCAUCUUGUAUGGUGAUAUGGGGUUUAGUGUCAGCAUUAACAGGAAUCACGCAGAAUUAUACCCAGGUUUUUCUCGCCCGUUUACUUCUUGGUUUUUCCGAAGCUCCUUUCUUCCCUGGCAUCAUGUUUCUUAUAUCAGGAUGGUACAAGCGAGACGAGCUCGCUGUGAGAACGACUUUCGUUACUUGUGGAGGCGUGCUCAGCGCUGGGUUCGGAUCCCUGUUUGCAUCUGGUAUACUUAGAGGCAUGCAGGGAAAACUUGGUCAAGCCGGAUGGAGGUGGUUGUUUUACAUCGAAGGCGGCAUCACUGUCAUGGUCGCGAUUUGUGCAUUCUUUAUACUCCCUAAUUUCCCUCACAACACCACAUGGCUCACUCCGGAGGAAAGAUCGCUCGCUAUCACUCGUCUUGCAGACGACGGCUAUGGAAGACUUGACGGGCCUGGGAAACGGAAGACCAUACAAGGACUGUGGGAUGCUUUGUCCGACUGGAAGGUAUGGUGGUUUUCAGGCGCGAUCAUCAUCGAUUAUAUGUCGCUAUCAUUCGUCCUUUACUUCCCGACGAUCGUCGCAACAAUGGGAUAUGAUGUGACGAUUACUUUGCUGCUAGCCGUUCCUCCAUGGGUACUUGCCGCUAUUGUAGCUUUUGCUCUUUCAAGGUACUCUGACAACGCGAAAAAGCGUUGCAUGUACAUUUUUGCAUCGAGCGCAUUGGCUGCCCUUGGAUUCAUUAUAUCCAUCUGUACGAUGAACAUGAUUGCGCGCUAUGCUUCCAUGUUUUUGAUGGCUCAAAUCGCCGCAGGACAAAUGAUUCUCUGGGCAUGGAUAAACAACACUUUUGCCAGAGAACCUGCGAAGCGAGCCGUUGCUGUCGCUUUGAUCAGUGCGAUGUCUGCGGUGGGGAGUAUCGUCGGAUCGUUCCUCUGGCCUCUCACCUGGGGCCCGACAUAUCGUUAUUCCUACGCCGCCUGCCUCGCAGCACUUGGGAUGUCAUCGAUCAUGCUUGGUUUCAUGCAUUUGCAUUUGAAGCGGGUGAAUGAGCAGAUUGACAGAAACGAGCAGAAUGCAAAGGAUAUCAAUGACCUUCAGGUCCCUGUUGGUUUUAGAUAUCUGGUGUAGUCAACGAUCCAUGCGAAUCUCGCAUCAAGAAAUUAUGGGCGAUACUAUUGCUUAUCCCGCAAGACACAAUGUAACUUUGUACCGUUUGGCUGUAAAUUAUGACAAAGCUUAAAUUUUGUUGUAGCGACUUCUUUCAAUCA